UGUGGCUUAUUAUUUUUCGUUCUGUUUGAUUUUCCGUGAGGUUGAUCGGCUUCGAUAGUCUCCGCGGUGCAUUUUUCCUUAGAUUUUCACCAUUUUUAAUUAUUUUUAUUAUAAAUUUCACUGAAUUACGUAAGAACACUGUUAGCGAAAUGAGCGUAGAAGAGGAAGUAAUGAGGAUCCAGAAAAAACUUAGUAAAAUGACAUCGGAAGAUGGCAGCGGACAAGAACAAGCCUUGGACCUUUUAAAGGAGCUUCAGAACCUUAAAAUCAACCUUGAUGUCCUAACAAAAACUCGCAUCGGUAUGACUGUAAAUGCCUUACGGAAAUCAAGCAAAGAUGAUGAAGUUAUUGGUCUAGCAAAAACUUUAAUUAAGCACUGGAAGAAGUUCCUAAAUAGCUCUACAGAUAACAGUAAAUCUUCUAGUUCAUCAGAUAAUAAAGAAAGUAAAAAAGAAGAGAAGAAAAAGGAAGAGAAGCAAGAAAAAAAAGAAAAAGAAAGGGAAAAAGACAAGAAGCUGCCCAGUAGUUUUCCACCUAGUAGUGUAACCACGGAUUCAGUAAGACUUAAGUGUAGAGAAAUGUUGGCUGCGGCUAUAAAAACCGACGCGAAGGAUGACGAUUUUGACGGCUGUGCCACACCAGACGAGUUAGCAGAAGAACUGGAAGAGGCCAUAUUCCAGGAAUUUAAGAACACCGAUAUGAGGUACAAAAACAGGGUAAGGUCGAGGAUUGCCAAUUUAAAAGACCCGAAAAAUCCUACUUUAAGGACGAAUUUCAGAGUUGGAGCCAUCGGCGCCCACAGGUUGGCAACCAUGUCGGCCGAAGAAAUGGCUAAUGAUGAAAUGAAGCAAAUUAGGGAUAAAUUUAAUAAGGAAGCUAUAAACGAUGCCCAAUUAGCACAGGCUCAAGGUACGAAGACAGACAUGUUAAAGUGUGGCAAAUGCAAAAAACGCAAUUGUACCUACAACCAGUUACAGACCAGGUCUUCAGAUGAACCGAUGACGACAUUCGUCCUGUGUAAUGAAUGCGGUAAUAGAUGGAAGUUUUGCUAGAAAUAUUUGAUGAUCGGCACCAAAUUUUUGUAAAUUUGUGUAGUUUACAUUAAGUGAUGUAAACGCGUUUAAAAUAGUCGAAACACUUAAUUUAAGCUAUAACGUUUUGUGGCUUUCGGUUUUAAUAUUUCACUGUGACAGAAUAAUAUUAUGUCAAAUUUACGUCAAUCAUUGAAUGAUGAAUUUAGUGAGAGGCAUUGAAAUGGUACAAAAAUCAGGUAUAAAGUUAUUUACAACCUUAUUUUAAUGGAAACACAGUAAUCCGGAAACAAAUGUUUUUAUUUGUUGAACAUUUUCUUAAUUUGAUUCUUUAUUAAACGUCUUAUAUUAUGCUAGUAAUUAAACUAAUUAGGUUUAAGAAGGUACAUUUUAUGCCUUAAGUAUUUGAAUUGGAAAAUAAAAUUUUAACUGUG